AUGCCCGAAGACGUAUACACCCAGGAGACCGCCCCAUCGAUUCCGAGUUCCAAAAGCGAUAGAGAUUCGACCAACUCCACCAGAUCAUCAGACAAGUCUACAAAUCGCCCAGAGGCUCCGGAGGAACCGACUCUCGGCGAGCGUGUUUUCAAUGUCUACAUGCUACAAGAGAUCACCGAGUCGGAGGACUUACCACUCUCGAGAAACAAACUUGGUGGACGCCAAAAACGUUUGUCCGGAACGAUCCUGAUCUAUUCUGGGCGGCGAGAUCUAGAAGGGGUCGAAUGUGCCCGUCGACCGACGCGAGCACCCAAAAGCCCUCCAUAUCUUACAUUCAUCAACUCGCCCCCAACGUCUUCACCCAGUGGACACUUCGAUACCAUGCCGGAAGACGCAUCUUACCAAGAGACCGUUCCGUCACAGACCGACCUAGGCUCAGAUUCCAUGGGGAGCAGCUGGUUCUCUGAUUGGGAAGCACAGAUUCCGGACGAGCCGACUUUCGCCGAGCUGGUUUUCACCAAGUACAAGGAACUCCAAGGUCAGCCCGUGAAAGGCCCUCAGGAUCAGAUCGGCAUGGAACGGCUCACUCAAUUUGUUCAGUCAUACAACGACAGUGAAGAUGAGCUGCGGAAGCAAGCAAGACUGGAUAUCGAAACUCUCCAGUCGUACCUGUUUGCUGUCCAACCAUCAUUUGCACCUUACGUCUUUGAACGAGCCUGCUCAUCUGCAUGUCGCCAACAUUCAUGCGAUACCGACACAUGCAACACUGGGGUCCUUCUAAUUGAAGACGCAAGAUCUUGGUCUCACGCGGUCUACUACACUAUCAAGAAGUCUGCUAGCCGCUAUGCCCCAUUCUCGGUUGAACAUCCUGCUCAAAAAUCGAAAACUGGACAACGAGGCGAAUCGUGUGAUUUGGCAUGUCGAAACCAGCUCUAG